UUGUUUAGAAGGGAAUAUGACGGCGGUGGACGGGCUAACAGACAGCACAGAGGGGGUGGAGAUGGAGGACGUCCCGUCUCAGUUCUACGUGGAGAAGCACUCGUGGGGCGGCCUGCGUGACAUCAUCCACAGCAGCAGGAAGUACUCAGGAAUGAUCGCCAACAAAGCGCCCCAUGACUUCCAGUUUGUGCAGAAAAACGAUGAGUCAGGCCCCUACUCCCAUCGACUGUACUACCUCGGUGAGCCCAGGCCAUUUGCCACUGAUGAUCGUCACACUUUAGUUCCCUCAGUGCUUCAUUGAGUUACGCACAUUUCUCAAGUUACGACACUGUUUUGGAAGUUGUACCUUGGCCACUUAACUCAUUUUCACUUCCGCCGUCUCUCUCUAUCGAUCAGGAAUGCCUUAUGGAAGUAGAGAGAACUCACUGCUCUACUCUGAAAUUCCCAAGAAGAUCCGGAAAGGGGCCCUCUUGGUGUUGUCGUGGAAACAGAUGCUGGAUCACUUCCAGGUGAAUAUCCGUUAUAUCAUCUGCGCUUCACUGAAACCUAAUGACAUCCAAACCUGGUACCAAGAGAUUGUACUAAAUAUUAUACCCAAGGGAAUCCUAAUAAAAUAUACUACAGUUAUUAUCCUCAUAAGAUAAAGAUCUCAAGCUUUACAACUUGCAGCCUCACCUUAACAGUAAAGGUGAGAAUGUCCUCCCCAAUGGCAGAUUUCUGGUACAUGAAAUGUGGUCAGCACAGUCCAGAGCAGUGAGUUUCCCCUGCAGCCUCAGGCCAGUCCAGUGUAGCAAUAGCUGCAUCCGUCUGAUACCAAGGGGUGUUGUCCUGGAUGUAGGAUGAGAUGUUCCAUCAUGGGUGACAGAAGCCCCCACAACAACACCGCGAUCUGCCACAACUGCAUCAGAGGCAGUCACUGGCUCAGUUUGCAUAUCAGUCCGUGUCCAGCUGAGCUCCACUCCAGUCCGGUUGCACAGGUCAUUGAGGUCCGGCCAGUCUGACCAGACUCCAAAGCCUGCAGCACGAGUGUCCAAUUUUCCAUUGGCCUUCCUCCUGAAGCCCAGGAUGUUGUCCUGGCCAGUGGAACCUUCCUCCUCUGUAGCCACAGAAGGAGCGAAGCUCUGGCUAACUCCUUGUCACAUUGUCACUGUUGAGCAUGUUCAACAGGUGAGUCAGUCUGGUAGCAGUGUAAAUGGACCCGUAAGUAAGCAUUUCACUUUUAGUCUACACCUGUUGUCUACGAAGCAUGUGACAAAUACAAUUUUAUGAGAAAAAAAUAUUCAAUUUUAUUUGGAACGGCAAGCCAGACAAAAUUUAAAAGGGCAUAUUUAUAUAAUGAAUAUGAAUUCGGAGGACAGAAAUUAUUAAAUAUUAAAGCAUUAGACCUAUCACUAAAAGCUUCAGUCAUACAAAAGUUAUACUUAAAUCCGAACUGGUUCUCAAGCAAAUUAGUAAGAUUGUCUCACCCAAUGUUCAAGAAAGGCCUUUUUCCCUUUAUUCAGAUUACAACCUCUCACUUUCAGUUAUUUGAAAAGGAAAUAAUCUCCCAAAUAUCACUAUUUCUAAAACAAGCCAUAGAAAGUUGGUUGCAAUUUCAAUUUAAUCCUCCAGAAACGACAGAACAAAUAAUGCAACAAAUAUUGUGGUUAAAUUCAAAUAUACUAAUUGACAAAAAACCUUUAUUUUUUGACAGAAUGUUUAAAAAAGGUAUAAUCUUCGUAAAUGAUAUCAUCGGUAGGACUGGUGGAGUUAUGUCGCACAUGCAGCUAACAAAAACAUAUGGAAAUGUCUGCUCUACCCAAAAUUACAACCAAAUAAUUGCAGCCUUACCGCAAAAGUGGUAGAGGAAAGUGGAAGGGGGAGAAAGUAAAGAACUACAAUUUGAGGUAUGGGACCAAAACAGCUGUGAAGUUUAACCUCGCGCUUUAAAGCUCUUAGUUUUUGCGGAAAUUGACCCACAAUGCUGUUUACUUUGUGCACCUACGUUAUAUCGCUGAGUCUACCUUUUAGAUAAUUAUGAUGACAGCAAAAUUACUUUUCCCUCACUACCAGGCCACGCCGCACCAGGGGGCCUAUUCCCGGGAAGAGGAGCUCCUUAGGGAGCGGAAGCGCCUGGGAGCGUUUGGGAUCACUUCCUAUGACUACAACACCCAGACCGGCCUGUUCCUCUUCCAGGCCAGCAACAGCCUCUUCUAUUGCCAGGACGGGGGCAACAAUGGCUUCAUCGUGAGUCUUACCCCGUUAUCGUCAAUUGCAUGAACUUAUAAAGCCUUUCCUACAUCUACAAUUGCCACUAAGUGCGUUACACUAACUUUGAUUAUUAGCUGCGUCAUUUAAUGUAAUUUUAACAUCAUAUAGUUGGGACGAGCAUUAGUGCAUGAACUGCACAGCACCCAACGCCACAGCAAUGAAUGGCUGUUGCUGUGUGUAUGGUUGUGUGUUCAGGGUUGUAUUCAUUAAGGCACACUGUAGAAAAAAACAUUUUUCAAUGGAAAAACGAAAACAAGCAGUUCUAUUGGACAAGUUGAGGUCAUCCCUGUUUCAGUCUGUUUUGUUCAGUUUGGUGCCUAAUGAAUACGACCCUGUACACUAAGAGUGUGUUUCCUGGUUUAAAAGCAGUCUGCGCCCAUGAAGCCAGUGGAGAUUAAGACACAGUGCUCAGGGACCCGCAUGGACCCCAAGAUCUCCCCAGGAGAGCCCAACAUCAUUGCUUUCAUCAACAACAACGACCUGUGGCUGGCUAACAUUAAGUCUGGGGAGGAGAGGAGACUCACCUUCUGUCACAAAGGUCAGAGGGGUCAGGGACUUUUGGAAGUUUGUGUACUGUAGUUGUAUGGAAUUGUAUACACUCUCAAUGCCAUGUUGCUGACACUGCAUGUAUUUCAUGAAAUGAAUGAAUCCCCUCCCUGGGUCAGGUCUGGAUAAUGUGAAGGAGGACCCCAAGUCUGCGGGCGUGGCCACGUUUGUGAUCCAGGAGGAGUUUGACCGCUUCACUGGCUACUGGUGGAGUCCCUUAGCCGUAGAGGGUGAGUAGGCAGGGUCACCAUCUAUCACUCCCUCCUUAUGACUAGAGAAGGACCCAUGUUCAUGUGAGAAAUUGGACUUCUUCUUUAAUCAAACAGUCAGUCAGUCAUGCUUUGAUGAACGUCGUACAGGCUUUAACUUGCCCCAGACACUGUCAUCAUGAAGCUAGGUCUGUCAUUAAUGCUAGCUGUAUCUGUAUGCAUUUCCAAGAGCAUGUAAUCAGUUCUGUCUGUCUAACCUACUCUUCUCCUCUGUUAGACUCUGAUGGGGGGAAAACCCUGCACCUGCUGUAUGAAGAGGUGGAUGAGACUGAGGUAGAGAUCAUUCAUGUUCCCUCUCCAGCCCUGGAGGAGCGGAAGGCCGACGCCUACAGAUACCCCCGCACAGGUGAGUCCCUCUGGUGCUGGUUUAGUCUCCAUGGCGCUGGUUUAGUCCCCAUGGUGCUGGUUGAGGCCCCCUGGCGCUGCAUUGUAUGUAAAUGUAGUGACAUAUUUUGCCUGAUGACUCAAACUGAAUUAUUCUGCUGCUCUAUGGUUUGUGGAGGCGUCAAAAUGAGGGGUGUUGUACAAAACAAAGUCAUCAGUGAUUGGAUCAUCUCUAACCAAUCAGAGUAUCAAAGCCAAUUACGUAUUUUCAAAACGUCGCUUUACCCACGUGUGUUCUGGCUCUGGCCCAACCCAUCGGUUUCUGGGACCAAUCAGAACGUCAGGAAUGGGUUUGCGUUCUAGAAAUCGCCGGGGAGGUACUCCGACACAGACUCAUUGUGGAGAAGAAACUAACAUCCGUGGUCGGGGCGUAGCAUUUGGCCAGAGCAAGGAGUUUGGGUAGCCAGGCAAUCAUACAGUAUUAGCAAUUACCUAAUAAAUUCAUUUCAAGAGUAGACCACUAUAAUUAUUUUUUUCUUUUCUUUUUCUAGGCAGUAAAAAUCCUCAAACCACCCUGAAACUGGCUCAGAUAAAGACUGACAAACAAGGCCAAGUAAGUGGCAGCUGCUUUUGAGUUCUCUCUUUUAAUUAUCUUAUUUUGCUCUCACUGUAGUGUGUUCACGAGGAGACUGAUGUGUGUGUGUGUGUGUGUGUGUGUGUGUGCGUGUCUCCAGAUCGUGAGCACACAAGACAAGGAGCUGGUUCUCCCCUUCACCUCCCUGUUCCCUGGGACGGAGUACAUCUCCCGCGCAGGAUGGACGACUGAUGGCAAAUAGUGAGUGUUACGACAUAAUGUUUCCCCAGGAAACACUGCUUUUGACAUCUCUCUGAUGCUGUUUGGCUUACAUUGGUGAUGGUUAGGGCUGGGGGACGGGAAAAGUUGUCCCCCAAUUCCGCAGAAAGCUUAGUUGAUUAAUUAAAUCAGUUGUGUUAGUGUUGAGCUCAAACACAAGCCUGCCUACUCGGUAGCGCUCUAGGACCAGGUUUGGUGUCCUCUGAGCUAACAGAAAGGACAAGGCAUUAGUGUACUGUGUAUAAAUGAUCCAGUCAGUAAGGGAAUGUGUGUUUCUGUCUCCCCCCAGUGGUUGGGCCGUGCUGCUGGACCGCAGUCAGAGGAGGCUCCAGCUGGUGCUGCUGCCCCCGGCCCUCUUCAUCCCCGUCACAGACGACCCGGCCCAGAGGCAGAAGAACCUGGAGGCUGUGCCCGUGGACGUCCACCCCUACAUCGUCUAUGAGGAGACCACCGACAUCUGGAUCAAUGUGAGAUAGCCAUGGGCCAGGGAAGGGGGCCAAUGGUGGGGAUAAUAUUCAGGGGGUGGAACUUCUCUUUGGGGGGGUGCUACACUGGGCACAUCUGGGUCAUGUUUACUAAGCAUGAACAGUAAAACUAUCUGAUAGUUAUUUGAAGGGCUAUAUAUUGACAGUGUGAGGGUGUAUGUAUGUUGACAUACAGUGCCUUCGGAAAGUAUUCAGACCCCUUGACUUUUUCCACAUUUUGUUACAUUACAGCCUAAUUCUAAAAUUGAUUACAUUGUUUCCCCCCCCCUCAUCAAUCUACACACAAUAUCCCAUAAUGACAAAGCAAAAACAGGUUGUUAGAAAUCUUUGCUAAUUUAUAAAAUAAAAAGGGAAAUAUUACAUUUACAUAAGUAUUCAGACCCUUUACUCAGUCCUUUGUUGAAGCACCUUUGGCAGCGAUUUACAGCAUCGGUCUUCUUGGGUAUGACGCUACAAGCUUGGCACACUGCGCUGUCUUGGCUGUGUGCUUCGGGUCCUGUUGGAAGGUGAACCUUCGCCCCAGUCUGAGGUCCUGAGCGCUCUGGAGCAGGUUUUCAUCAAGGAUCUCUCUGUACUUUGCUCCGUUCAUCUUUGCCUCGAUCCUGACUAGUCUCCCUGCCGCUGAAGAACAUCCCCACAGCAUGAUGCUACCACCACCAUGUGUCACCGUAGGGAUGGUGCCUGGUUUCCUCCAGAUGUGACGUUUGGCGUUCAGGCCAAAGAAUCUUGUUUCUCAUGGUCUGAGAGUCUGUCAUGUGCCUUUUACUGAGGAGUGGCUUCCAUCUGGCCACUCUACCAUAAAGGCCUGAUUGAUGGAGUGCUGCAGAGAUGGUUGUCCUUCUGGAAGUUUCUCCCAUCUCCACAGAGGAACUCUAGAGCUCUGUCAGUGACCAUCGGUGGUCUUGGUCACCUCCCUGACCAAGGCCCUUCUCCCCCGAUUGCUCAGUUUGGCCGGGCGGCCAGCUCUAGAAAGAGCCUUGGUGGUUCCAAACUUCUUCCAUUUUAAGAAUGAUGGAGGCCACUGUGUUCUUUGGAACCUCCAAUGCUGCAGAAAUGUUUUGGUACCCUUCCCGAGAUCUGUGCCUUGACACAAUCCUGUCUCGGAGCUCUACGGACAAUUCCUUCGACCUUAUGGCUUGGUUUUUGCUCUGACAUGCACUGUCAACUGUGGGACCUUUAUAUAGACAGGUGUGUGCCUUUCCAAAUCAUGUCCAAUCAAUUGAAUUUACCACAGGUGGACUCCUAUCAAGUUGUAGAAACAUCUCAAGAAUGAUCAAUGGACACAGGAUGCACCUGAGCUCAAUUUUGAGUCUCAUAGCAAAGGGUUUGAAUACUUAUGUAAAUAAGGUAUUUCUUUGUAUUAUUCUUAAUACAUUUGCUAAAAUUUCUACAAAACUUUCACUUUGUAAUUAUGGGGCAUUGUGUGUAGAUUGCUGAUGAUUUUUAUUUAUUUAAUCCAUUUUAGAAUAAGGCUGUAACGUAACAAAAUGUGGAUAAAGUCAAAGGGUCUGAAUACUUUCCGAAGGCACUGUAUGUAUUUGCAUGGAAGAAUCGGGCCACAACAAACUAACAACUAUGUUUUUCUGUUGUCCACAGGUUCAUGAUAUUUUCUAUCCAUUCGUUCAAACGUCAGAGGAUGAGUUCUCUUUCAUAUGGGUGAAUGAAUCCAAAACGGGCUUCAGCCAUCUGUAUAAAAACACAUCAACAUUGCAACCAGGCUGCUACCAAUGGUCAGGAAACUACGAACACACAGAGGGUAAGACAUUAGAAUAGAGAGUUAAAAACAAUAUACAACCUAGCCCAGAUCUGUGUGUGCUGUCUGGCCAAUUCCAUUGCUGUCAUUAACCAGGUUUUCCAUAAUAAAACUCAUGUCAGGCCUGAUGGAAACAGCAAAUGUGCAAAAUCCCGACCCAAAAAAAUAAGCUUGAGAAGGCGGAAUAAGUUUGGUUAAAUAGAUUAUGUGACAAUUGCGGAUGAAACACAGUUAUGCACAACUUUUGAUAUAAUAACCAGUAAGAGUCACUCGAUGAUAUGUUACAUUGUAGCCUACUACCACCAGCAUAGGUAGAUGAAAUCAGUUAUGAUGUACUUCACACGGUGAUGAGCUUUAUGCAAAUGUCCAAUAAAUAUAGAGCAGUGGUACUCAACACUUAAGCUACGAGGUCCGGAGCCUGCUGGUUUUCUGUUCUACCUGAUAAUGAAUUGCACACAUGUGGUGUCCCAGGUCUAAAUCAGUCCCUGAUUUAGAGGGGAACAAUGAAAAAAUGCAGUGGAACUGGCUUUGAGGUCCAGAGUUGAGUUUGAGGGAUAUAGAGGGUAUUAUUUGAAUUCUGGUGACAUGCCAUUAUCAAAUUAAAUGUUUUCUCACUUAUCUAUGAUCUCAUCGUAUAACCUACCCUGUGCACUUUCAGUGAACUGUUGUCUAGAGUGCAUGUGCCAAAACCAGAUGGAGCAAGUUUGUUAUUUAUCACAACAGGUUUUGUGACAAAACCAUUGUUAAACUUGAAAAUGCGUGGUGCAUGGAAAUGGAAGCUCAAAAGGGCUUUUUUAUGAGCACUGCAUCAUCACGCACACGCCUUUUUAUCCGUCAGCUUGAUGGAAACACCUCUGAGGACGUUUGAAUAUUCACAUGACAAUCUGUUGCAAGUUGGAUGGAAACCUAUCUAUUGUCAUGUUUUGUGUGAUGGCACAAACAGAUCUGGGACUCAGGCGUUUUCCUUCCUUCCUUGACCUAAUCACUGAUCUGUAUGUGUCGCGAUUUAAUGAAGGCGAGAAUGUAAAUCUGGCCAAUGUAAUAAAAGACGUCAAAAUAGCUUCUCUAAUCUCUAUGGUAUUUUCCUCUGUAGGAGACUUUAAAUGUGCAAUCAAGGAGGAGGUGACUCUGACCAGUGGGGAGUGGGAGGUUUUGGCCAAGCAUGGCUCCAAGGUAGGACCUUCCGUCAAUCAGAUUAAAACCCUUAUUGUCACAGUGCAUUAUAAAAUAUCUUUAUAAUGGACUUUUGUUUGUGCCCACGUUAUUGUAAGUUUAUAAUGCACGUUCUGCCAUCAAUAUAAAUCUCUUCUGUGAUCUCGCUCUCUCUCUCUCUCUCUCUAGAUCUGGGUGAAUGAGGCCUCUAAGCUGGUGUACUUCCAGGGCACUAGAGACACUCCUCUGGAGCACCACCUCUAUGUGGUCAGCUAUGAGUCCCCAGGAGAUGUGGUCAGACUCACCAAGCCUGGCUUCUCCCACAGCUGCUCCGUCAGCAAGGUCGGGACUCACUCAACAAAUAUGAUUUAUCUAACCUUAAACAGGGUAGGAAGUAUACGUUGACUCUUUGGGAUGUCCUAACAGUAUUAGGCUAGAUGAGCGUUUUAUUUUGUAACACUUAUGGGGGUGCCUGGCAUGCAGGGACCCCCCUCUGGCACCCCUGUAAUUCCAACUCUUACCCCAAAAUGUAUUCUUGAAAUCGGGCUACAGGGAUUGAUUGAAUAGAGCCCUCUGUCACCUGUCAUUGCAUUCACAAGCUCUUAUAAAUAUAAAACAAAUUGGUCAUUUAGCAGACGCUCUUAUCCAGAGCAACUUACAGGAGCAAUUAGGGUUAAGUGCCGUGUUCAAGGCCACAUCGACAGAUUUUUCACCUAGUCGGCUCGGGGAUUAGAACCAGCGACCUUUCGGUUACUGGCACAACGCUCUUAACCACUAAGCUACCUGCCGCCUCUUCUGUGGCCAUCUUGCCAAACAACACGGCUGCAGUAGGUAGUACCAACAAACACUGUAACAUCCUGCCACUGACCUCAGUUAGACACACUGCACUCAAUCAUCCUCUCCCCACGCUACAUGAGACCACACCACAUAUGUACCUUAGGGAGGUACAGCUGAUCUCUUACCUAUGAGAAGCCUGGAUACAUCAGGGAGUGUUGUGGAACUCUGCCCGUGUCAUGCUGUGUAACCAUCUGGUUAGUCAGCGUCACUGUGUGUCUGUGUGAGAGGAUAUUGAUGGAUGCUACUACAAUGUAAGGGAUUUGCCCUGGCCGUCGAACAGAUUGGGCAGAGUAGACAUUGCUGUAUAGUUGGUUGUAUGGCCUGUUGUGUGGGCAUCUGGACCCUCUGUGAUGUGGAGUUAUCCAGGGAGGUGGUUCUAAACCUGAUGGUCUCAGAUCUGUUGUGAUUUUUCAGAUGUACCUCUGACAUUGUAAAGUGAGAGACAAAGCUGGCAUGAAAUCAGGGCCCAGUGACAUUCUGUCUCCGAUGUGAAGAUUAAUUCACAGCUUUUCAUCUCUCUUUGUCUCCUUCUCUCACUCCUUCUUAUCACUGUAUCUCCCCUCUUCCUUUUUCACUGUAUCCCCCCUUUCUAUUGCUCUCUCUUGUACUCUACUCCCUGUCUUUUUCUCUCUCCCCAGGACUUUGACAUGUUUGUCAGCCACUACAGUAGCGUGAGCACUCCCCCCUGCCUCCACAUCUACAAGCUGACUGGCCCAGAGGGAGACCCUCUCCACAUGGUGCCGGAGUUCUGGGCCAGCAUGAUGGAAGCCCCAGGUAAGGAAGAGAGGAGGCUUUAUGCCCCAUUCCAAUAGCUCAUAAGGAAUUUAUACAUUAUAUUCUUCAAGAAUAAAUGGGUAUAUAUCAUUACUUUAAAAGUCCAAAAAUUGAUGUAGCAAUCGCAGAUUACCCUUUUAAAGACGUAUCCUUCCUUCCUUGAGGCAAUCACUGUACAGGUGUAAACUGUACCAUGGGACUCUGAGUUACUCAUGACCAGGGCCCGGUUUCCCGAUAGCGAUGGAAUUUAGGCUUACGAGUGUUUUUAAUGAUGCAUCUUUCCUACAACAGCCGAGAUGUAGCAUGCGUUUCCCAAAACACCACGCAGAGAGAACAUUUGCUAAGUGCGUCGAUGAGGCAUUUGUCGAAACUGAUAGGAUCGAGAAAGGCAGCGCUGCUCUCUGAUCAGCGUCCUCCCUUUCCAAUCUUACCUUAACAUUAGAAAUAUUCCACAAUACUGAAGAGGGAUCAGCUCCUAGAGAGAUAUUAUCACCUAUGGCUACAAAUAUUGAAUGCUUACACUAUAAUAAUGCACUAAAUCAAGAUGUGGCACAUCAUUGCUGACAUCACACAUCAGGAAAUAUAUUGAGGCAAAAAUGACAGACAGUAGCGUACAAAUAGCUAAAUAAAACUCAAUUGAAUUAAGUAACAUUCAAAUAUACAGUGCAUUCGGAAAGUAUUCAGACCCCUUGACUUUUCACAAAUGUUACGUUACAGCCUUAUUCUAAAAUGGAUUUUAAAAUUGUUUUCCUUGUCAAUCUACACACAAUACCCCAUAAUGACAAAGCAAAAAAUGUUUUAUAGAAAUGUUUGCGUACUUAGCUGUUCUACGAGUGGUCUGAGGGAGUCGUUAAAUAACAAGUGUUUUCAAGAGCAACUUUAGUAACGAUGGUUUCGGGAAACAGCUCAGAUUUAACGAUGUUCCUACGAAGGUUCUAACGAUGAACGUAGCCUUAAGAUGCUUUUGGGAAACCGGGCCCUGUUGUGUAAGAUCCGUGAUUACUUCGAGGAGGAAUGGAGUAAAUCAAUGCUGCCGAAAAAACACACAGUAAGACAAUAUAAUACUUUGAUUUUAGACUGCCCUUUACUUAAUCACUUCUCGGAGUUACCCAUCCCAUAUGACUCACUAUUUCUCAGUAUUGCACUGCUUUAUAAGCCAAGUAUAUUACAACAUCAUUAAAAGUGAGGUCAUUGGCCAGGGUGUUUCAUAGUGACUUUUGCACCAUAGGGAAACCAAGCUAAAUCCAGAGCUUAUUAAAUAAUCACAUUGAUCUAUUUUGGAGUAAGAUUUUGUACAUAAUUAAGAGAUUCGUAUCGGCUAAGUGAAAAGUCAGAGCAAGUGUGAAGGCCGGCUAUCUUAGUAUUUUAGGAACAAAACAAUCAAUCGAGAACUACCCCCCUCCAACCCUGUUCCUGGAGAGCUACUGUCCUGUAGGUUUUCACUCCAACCCUGUUCCUGGAGAGCUACUGUCCUGUAGGUUUUCACUCCAACCCUGUUCCUGGAGAGCUACCGUCCUGUAGGUUUUCACUCCAACCCUGUUCCUGGAGAGCUACUGUCCUGUAGGUUUUCACUCCAACCCUCAUGUAGUGAUGAAUAAUUAGCUGGUUGAUAAGCUGAAUCCGGUCAGUUACAACAUGGUUGGAGGGAAAACCGACAGGGUAGCUCUACAGAACCAGGGUUGGAGAACCCUGAUCUAGAAAUAUAAAGUUGAGGCUGAGCAUUUAUUAUUUCAAGGCAGUGGCGUCAUCAGGAUUGUUUCAUUGCGUUAACUAAUCAUUCGUUUGGUCGUAGCUUAGGGGUAGCUUGAUCAUUGUGUGGGGAUGGUGACGAGGUAGUCAUGUUUUAACAUUUGGAAUUAUUAGUCAUGUGAGCAAUUUAAUGUAAAUGAAUGUUCUAUGAAGCAUUUGUUUUUCUAUAUGUAUCUUUGUGUGUAUUCAAGGUUGCCCAGCAGACUAUAAAUCUCCAGAAAUCUUUGACUUCCCGGGAAAGUCAGGCUUCCAGCUCUAUGGAAUGGUGUACAAGCCUCACAACCUCCAGCCUGGCAAGAAGCAUCCCACAGUCCUCUUUGUCUACGGUGGCCCGCAGGUUUGUGGCUUCUCUCAGACGUUACAAUUUUCUUAUUAGAUCAGGAAUUCCUUAUAGAAAUCCAGUCAGAUCUGUGAGCACCAAAGGGGGAAGGAGUCACGGACGACUAGUAAAGCUGCAUAAGACAAAGACAUGUUUACCCAAGCACAUAUGCACUACCAGUCAAAAGUUUGGACACACCUACUCAUUCAAGGGUUUUUCUUUAUUUUUACUAUUUUUUACACUGUAGAAUAAUAGUGAAGACAUCAAAACUAUGAAAUAACACAUAUGGAAUGAAGGAACCAAAAAAGUGUUAAACAAAUAAAAAUAUAUGUUAUAUUUGAGAUUCUUCAAAUAGCCACCCUUUGCCUUGAUGACAGCUUUGCACACUCUUGGCAUUCUCUCAACCAGCUUCAUGAGGUAGUCACCUGGAAUGCAUUUCAAUUAACAGGUGUGCCUUCUUAAAAGUUAAUUUGUGGAAUGUCUUAAUGCGUUUGAGCCAAUCAGUUGUGUUGUGACAAGGUAGGGGGGGGUAUACAGAAGAUAGCCCUAUUUGGUAAAAGACCAAGUCCAUAUUACGGCAAGAACAGCUCAACUAAGCAAAGAGAAACUACAGUCCAUCAUUACUUUAAGACAUGAAGGUCAGUCAAUACGGAACAUUUCAAGAACUUUGAACGUUUCUUCAAGUGCAGUCGCAAAAACCAUCUAGCGCUAUGAUGAAACUGGCUCUCAUGAGGACCACCACAGGAAUGGAAGACCCAUAGUUACCUCUGUUCAUUAGCGUUACCAGCCUCAGAAAUUGCAGCCCAAAUAAAUGCUUCACAGAAUUCAAGUCACAGACACAUCUCAACAUCAAUUAUUCAGAGGGGACUGUGUGAAUCAUGCCUUCAUGAUCGAAUUGCUGCAAAUAAACCACUACUAAAGGACACCAAUAAGAAGAGACCUGCUUGGGCCAAGGAACACGAGCAAUGGACAUUAGACCGGUGGAAAUGUGUCCUUUGGUCUGGAGUCCAAAUUUGAGAUAUUUGGUUCCAACCGCCGUGUCUUUGUGAGACGCGGUGUGGGUGAACGGAUGAUCUCCGCAUGUUUAGUUCCCACCGUAAGGCAUGGAGGAGGAGGUGUUAUGGUGUGGGGGUGCUUUGCUGGUGACACUGUCUGUGAUUUAUUUGUGGAAUUUCUUAAUGCGUUUGAGCCAACAAGUGCUAAGCAUAUGUGGGAACUCCUUCAAGACUGUUGUAAAAGCAUUCCAGGUGAAGCUGGUUGAGAGAAUGCCAAGCAUAUGCAAAAAACCCUUGACUGAGUAGGUGUGUCCAAACAUUUGACUGAUACUGUUUUUAUACUUUCCUCCUAUGCUGAGUCUCCUCCUUGCACAUCUGGACAGUCAAUACAUCUCUGUUGCUAGACAGGACUGAUGCCUGUUCUUUCUCACUUCAUCUGACCUAACCUCGGUCCAAAUUCCUCACUCCUCCCCAACUCACGUCUGUCCUACCUUAUCUGUUGACUGGAACCAGACUGUGACCCUUCUCCUCUCCAUAGGAUACCUCAGAUUUAACAAGAACAUGUUCUUCCUGCACUCCCCUUUUAUCAUUCAGUAGAUUUCCAUACCCUCAGUUCUAAUAUGGUAACAUGAAUAAGGAUAUUUCAUAUUUAAAGUUUUAAAGUUAGUACCCAACACAGGUUAGGAGAACUUAUGCAGCAGGUUAGGAUAAUUUUAAAGUAGCAUGUUAGGAGUAUUAGGUUAGGGUUAGCUCACAAUUUUGAUGUACAUUUGACAAAAGAUGGAUCCCAUCUAGACAUGACCAGGAGCCAGGGGCUGAAAUGGACUUGUCCUUAAUGUCCUUUAUGACCUGUUUUGUAACUAGUAAUCAUAGCCAAUAUUUUCCAGUCAUAGCCAAUACUUUCCUUGGAAAUAGCCAUACCAAGCUCUGUCAUCUUGUUGUUUUUCACGUAAAGUAGCAAGACAAUGCUGAAGUCCUGUGGUCUCUAUAGAGCUGACUCUAUAGGGCUGACCCAAACCUUACUGUGAUGUCUAAAAUAUAUAUAUAUUUUUACAUUCUCCUUUCCGGCAUGGUUCGAACAACUGUGGUGUAUGCGUAAUCAGGCCAGCCCAGUACAGCUCUGCUCGGCUCAGCUCUGCUAGGCUUGGCUCAGUGGUGUGAAAAGGGUAUGUGUGUGUCCACAGGUCCAGUUGGUGAAUAACUCCUUCAAGGGGAUGAAGUACCUGCGUCUCAACACCCUCGCCUCUCUGGGAUACGUUGUGGUGGUCAUCGAUGGGAGGGGCUCCUGUCAGAGAGGCCUGAAGUUUGAAGGGGCUCUGAAAAACAAAAUGGUAGAAAGCCACUAUUUCCCUUCCAACCCAUAUCUUGUUUUUUGUUUAUAAAUGGUUUCAAUACAAAUUGUUCCAUCUUUUUGUGAUUAAGCAUUAAAGCUGGAAUCUUUAAUGAUGAAACUGCCACGUACGUUUACGAUAUUACAACAACAAGGAAGUUAGUGCAAACAACUAACACAGUUUUUCCCCCUCGGACGUCAUCGCACGCAUGAUAGAAGAGCACAAUAUGUACUGCCAUUUGUUUUACCCUGCUGCACGACGCUCCUCAGCUCGGCAACAAAACAAUAACGGUGGUAGGGUGUCCAGUGGCUCUGUUUCCCCAUGCUGUGGAUUCAAUCUUUAAGCUACCUGUGUUCUGCUGUAGAUACAGCAAUGGCAAAUUGUACUGUGCCAACAAAGGCUGUUCUUGCUGUGCAGGUUCAUUAAAACGCAUUGGAUCACCAUAUAGCGUGUGCAGGGACCCUUUUUUUCGUUAAUAAUACUUCAUUAAUUAAUGGAACAGCACCUGUGUGACUAUCUCUCACACAUCUUUGAUCUUUGAUCUAGACCAGGUGCUCUUUAACUUUUUCUGCUUGAGACCCAAAUGAGAAAUUGACCGUCCUCCCGUGACCCAAAUUAAGAAGAAAAUGUGUGAAAUUUACCCAUCUGGGCAUGUGGGUGUGUCACUGUGACCAAUGCCCUCCUCUCUCUCUGUGUUUUACCAGCGCCAGGUGGAGACUAAUGCCCUCCUCUCUCUCUGUGUUACUAGGGCCAGGUGGAGAUUGAGGACCAGGUGGAGGGGCUUCAGUACGUGUCAGAGAGGUUCAACUUUGUGGACCUGAGUCGCGUGGCCAUCCACGGCUGGUCCUACGGAGGCUUUCUCUCCCUCAUGGGCCUCAUCCAGAGACCCAACGUCUUCAAGGUGAGACGCACUACAGUAAAACACACAAUUCCAUUCCCCUAUCCCAAUUCACUUGAUGAUCUGAGUAGAUUAGAUGGGUAUAAGUAAUAUGAUAAUAGCUCCACAUUACCCUCCGAUUGGCUAGGGGGAAUUUUCCCAUAUUGCUUACACCUAUUUAAACAUUUUAGAUUUACAGGAGUGGCUAGGGUAGGGAUAGCUGCCAGGCGAUUUGGGAUUCCAAAGAGACUUCAUUGGACUAGAACUAUCUUGGAUUGCGUUUUAUUCCAGAAAGUUUAAUCCCAUCCCAUCUCAUUUACAAUGCAGAUUAGACUGCAUUUAGUUGAUUAUAGAUUGGCCUAUUGGUGAGGAUAGGUUUGAUUAUUUGAAGCUCAUCAAAUACGACAUUCUGUAUGGAUGUAGUUUUCCCAUUAGGCCUCAUGGUGUCGCUGUUGGGUCACAUGUCAUUCCACACUGCAGUUCUCAAAGUGCCUGUCAUUAGUUGUACACAGCACACUGGCAAAGAUCAACAAGUGUUUAAAAAAAACAUAUUUGGAGCAAAUUAGGGUUGAGUGUCAUGCUCAAGGGCACAUGGACAGAUUUUUUUGUUGUUGCCCUUGUCAGCUCCGGUAUUCAAACCAUCAACCUUUCAGUUACUGGCCCAAUGUUCUAACUGCUACGCUAUACCUGUAUAUCUCUCACCAGCAUAUAUACCUGUAUAUCUCUCACCAGCAUAUAUACCUGUAUAUCUCUCACCAGCAUAGAUACCUAUAUAUCUCUCACCAGCAUAUAUACCUGUAUAUCUCUCACCAGCAUAUAUACCUGUAUAUCGCUCACCAGCAUAUAUACCUGUAUAUCGCUCACCAGCAUGUAUACCUGUAUAUCGCUCACCAGCAUAUAUCAGCAUAUACAAUUGAAGUCGGAAGCUUACAUACACCUUAGCCAAAUACAUUUAAACUCAGUUUUUCACAAUUGCUGACAUUUAAUCCUAGUAAAAAUUCCCUGUUUUAGGUCAGUUAGGAUCACCACUUUAUUUUAAGAUUGUGAAAUGUCAGAAUAAUAGUAGAGAGAAUGAUUUAUUUCAGCUUUUAUUUCUUUCAUCACAUUCCCAGUGGGUCAGAAGUUUACAUACACUCAAUUAGUAUUUGGUAACAUUGCCUUUAAAUUGUUUAACUUGAAAAAUGUAUGCACUCACUAACUGUAAGUUGCUCUGGAUAAGAGCUUCUGCUAAAUGACAAAAAUGUAAAUGUAAAUGUCAAACGUUUCGGGUAGCCUUCCACAAGCUUCCCACAAUAAAUUGGGUGAAUUUUGGCCCAUUCCUCCUGACAGAGCUGGUGUAACUGAGUCAGGUUUUGUAGGCCUCCUUGCUCGCACACGCCUUUUCAGUUCUGCCCACAAAUGUUCUAUAGGAUUGAGGUCAGGGCUUUGUGAUGGCCACUCCAAUACCUUGACUUUGUUGUCCUUAAGCCAUUUUGCCACAACUUUGGAAGUAUGCUUGGGGUCAUUGUCCAUUUGGAAGACCCAUUUGCGACCAAGCCUUUAACUUCCUGACUGAUGUCUUGAGAUGUUGCUUCAAUAUAUCCACAUAAUUUUCCUUCCUGAUGAUGCCAUCUAUUUUGUGAAGUGCACCAGUCCCUCCUGCAGCAAAGCACCCCCACAGCAUGAUGCUGCCACCCCCGUGCUUCACGAUUGGGAUGGUGUUCUUCGGCUUGCAAGCUUUCCCUUUUUCCUCCAAACAUAAACGAUGGUCAUUAUGGCCAAACAGUUCUAUUUUUGUUUCAUCAGACCAGAGGACAUUUCUCCAAAAAGUACGAUCUUUGUCCCCAUGUGCAGUUGCAAACCGUAGUCUGGCUUUUUUAUGGCGGUUUUGGACCAGUGGCUUCUUCCUUGCUGAGCGGCCUUUCAGGUUAUGUCGAUAUAGGACUUGUUUUACUGUGGAUAUAGAUACUUUUAUACCUAUUUCCUCCAGCAUCUUCACAAGGUCCUUUGCUGCUGUUCUGGGAUUGAUUUGCACUUUUCGCACCAAAGUACGUUCAUCUCUAGGAGACAGAACACGUCUCCUUCCUGAACGGUAUGACGGCUGCGUGGUCCCAUGGUGUUUAUACUUGCGUACUAUUGUUUGUACAGAUGAACAUGGUACCUUCAGGUGUUUGGAAAUUGCUCCCAAGGAUGAACCAGACUUGUGGAUGUCUACAAUUGUUUUUCUGAGGUCUUGGCUGAUUUCUUUUGAUUUUCCCAGGAUGUCAAGCAAAGAGGCACUGAGUUUGAGGGUAGGCCUUGAAAUACAUCCACAGGUACACCUCCAAUUGACUCAAAUGAUGUCAAUUAGCCUAUCAGAAGCUUCUAAAGCCAUGACAUCAUUUUCUGGAAUGUUCCAAGCUGUUUAAAGGCACAGUCAACUUAGUGUAUGUAAACCUCUGACCCACUGGAAUUGUGAUACAGUGAAAUAAUCUGUCUGUAAACAAUUGUUGGAAAAAUGACUUGUGUCAUGCAGAAAGUAGAUGUCUUAACCGACUUGCCAAAACUAUAGUUUGUUAACAAGAAAUUUGUGGAGUGGUUGAAAAACAAGUUUUAAUGACUCCAAUCUAAGUGUAUGUAAGCUUCCGACUUCAACUGUAUACCAGUAUAUCUCUCACCAGCAUAUAUACCAGUAUAUCUCUCACCAGCAUAUAUACCAGUAUAUCUCUCACCAGCAUAUAUACCAGUAUAUCUCUCACCAGCACCAGAGGUAAUAGGGGGCGUAUUCAGACUCUUGUCAAUAUAUACAUUACUGCUCGACAGAAAUAGGGCUUCAUUGAACCAUUAAAUAGCAAUGAACAGAAGUUUAGACAUGCCACACAAUCACUGCAUGCCACCACCCUGCUAUGCUGAACAAAUUCCCACAACAUCCAUCUUCUCAAAAGCAGUUUGAUCUGUCAUGUUGCACUAAUGUAGAAAGUUAACACAAGCUGAAGUGUGAUGGUACAAUGCAUCUGAAAUGUCUUAGUUGUCUGUCCCAGUGGAGGUUGGUGGAGGGAGGAAUGGGAGGACAGGCUCAUUUUAAUGCUGUCCCUACUGAACCCCCCCCCCAAAGAAAUAGCAAUGUUGUUCCUUUCAGGUGGCCAUAGCGGGCGCUCCGGUGACGGUGUGGAUGGCGUACGACACGGGCUACACAGAGCGCUACAUGGACACCCCUGAUAACAACCAACAGGGCUACGAGGAGGGCUCCGUGGCGCUGCAUGUGGACAAGCUGCCCAGCGAGUCAGUCCCAUACUGUUUACUGCACUCUACACACUUGAACCAAUCUAAGAAAUAAGAAUAGCCUACUUAUCUACAGUGGGGGAAAAAAGUAUUUAGUCAGCCACCAAUUGUGCAAGUUCUCCCACUUAAAAAGAUGAGAGAGGCCUGUCAUUUUCAUCAUAGGUACACGUCAACUAUGACAGACAAAAUGGAGAAAAAAAAUCCAGAAAAUCACAUUGUAGGAUUUUUUUAUGAAUUUAUUUGCAAAUUAUGGUGGAAAAUAAGUAUUUGGUCAAUAACAAACGUUUCUCAAUACUUUGUUAUAUACCCUUUGUUGGCAAUGACACAGGUCAAACGUUUUCUGUAAGUCUCCACAACGUUUUCACACACUGUUGCUGGUAUUUUGGCCCAUUCCUCCAUGCAGAUCUCCUCGCUGGGCAACACAGACUUUCAACUCCCUCCAAAUAUUUUCUAUGGGGUUGAGAUCUGGAGACUGGCUAGGCCACUCCAGGACCUUGAAAUGCUUCUUACGAAGCCACUCCUUCGUUGCCCGGGCGGUGUGUUUGGGAUCAUUGUCAUGCUGAAUGACCCAGCCACGUUUCAUCUUCAAUGCCCUUGCUGAUGGAAGGAGGUUUUCACUCAAAAUCUCACGAUACAUGGCCCCAUUCAUUCUUUCCUUUACACGGAUCAGUCGUCCUGGUCCCUUUGCAGAAAAACAGCCCCAAAGCAUGAUGUUUCCACCCCCAUGCUUCACAGUAGGUAUGGUGUUCUUUGGAUGCAACUCAGCAUUCUUUGUCCUCCAAACACGACAAGUUGAGUUUUUACCAAAAAGUUCUAUUUUGGUUUCAUCUGACCAUAUGACAUUCUCCCAAUCCUCUUCUGGAUCAUCCAAAUGCACUCUAGCAAACUUCAGACGGGCCUGGACAUGUACUGGCUUAAGCAGGGGGACACGUCUGGCACUGCAGGAUUUGAGUCCCUGGCGGCGUAGUGUGUUACUGAUGGUAGGCUUUGUUACUUUGGUCCCAGCUCUCUGCAGGUCAUUCACUAGGUCCCCCCGUGUGGUUCUGGGAUUUUUGCUCACCGUUCUUGUGAUCAUUUUGACCCCACGGGGUGAGAUCUUGCGUGGAGCCCCAGUUCGAGGGAGAUUAUCAGUGGUCUUGUAUGUCUUCCAUUUCCUAAUAAUUGCUCCCACAGUUGAUUUCUUCAAACCAAGCUGCUUACCUAUUGCAGAUUCAGUCUUCCCAGCCUGGUGCAGGUCUACAAUUUUGUUUCUGGUGUCCUUUGACAGCUCUUUGGUCUUGGCCAUAGUGGAGUUUGGAGUGUGACUGUUUGAGGUUGUGGACAGGUGUCUUUUAUACUGAUAACAAGUUCAAACAGGUGCCAUUAAUACAGGUAACGAGUGGAGGACAGAGGAGCCUCUUAAAGAAGAAGUUACAGGUCUGUGAGAGCCAGACAUCUUGCUUGUUUGUAGGUGACCAAAUACUUAUUUUCCACCAUAAUUUGCAAAUCAAUUCAUUAAAAAUCCUACAAUGUGAUUUUCUGGAUUUUCUUUUCUCAAUUUGUCUGUCAUAGUUGACGUGUACCUAUGAUGAAAAUUACAGGCCUCUCUCAUCUUUUUAAGUGGGAGAACUUGCACAAUUGGUGGCUGACUAAAUACUUUUUUUCCCCACUGUAUAUUUAUAUAGUGUAGAUGAAGGUACAAUGUUGUGGUCAGUUCUAUUUUCUAUUUUAUUGGUCAUUGUUGGAUAACAGGCAUGGGUUUUGAGCAACAACAAAAAACGUAUUUGUAUUUUGGGUGUUUCUCAGGACAGAUGGGAUGUUGUUAUUGAGUUUCACCAUAAACAUUUCUAUCUGUAUAAUACAUUAACAUAACAGGAUAUACUUACUGUAGUGUAGUAUAUAAAAAAAGAAGGGGAACAUGAAAAUUGAACCUGUUUUAGUUUCAUGUGGUUUCUGUCUGUUUCCAUCCUUUUGAAACCCUCUCCUUGUCCUCCCAGGCCAAACCGCUUGCUGAUUUUACAUGGAUUCCUUGAUGAGAAUGUUCACUUUUUCCAUACCAACUUCCUGGUGUCACAAAUAAUCCGCGCUGGGAAGCCAUAUCAGCUACAGGCUAGUAUUUUGCUUUUUACAACAUUACUAAUGUGUUGUUCACAUUUCUAAAUCAGUGUUAAAGGCAUGUUAUGGGUAACAGUCACCCCUAUUGAUAUAGGUUUUCUCCAACAUGGACAUUGUUUGCACAAUUAGAGAAAAAUACUCUUCCAUGUGCUUUCAGUGGGGCCCAGAAGAGGACUGGUAUGUUCCUGUAUAGCAUGAAGCUAGUUAUUGUACAGUGGAUCUUAGCCAAUACUUUAAUGGACAAUGACUUUAAUGGACAAUGACUUUAAUGGACAACUCUUUCGUUUGAAUGGGUUUCAGGGAAUAUUGCGUUUUCAGAAAAUUAGUGGUUGAUUUUCCUCUGUUGUUUUGCAGGUCUACCCCAAUGAGCGACACAGUAUUCGCUGCCCAGAGUCAGGAGAACACUAUGAGAUCAUGCUGCUGCACUUUCUACAACAAUACCUCUGAAACC